AUGUGGAGUAAACAUGCUUUGAGUGUAACGAGAGUCAGCUGUUCACUCAAUCAGAGAUGGAUCCGACAGAUUCAGUACAGAGCCGAGGACAGUUACCUUAAGAAUCCGGGAUCUGAACCUCUGUGUUAUGACACACUGGGUGAUGUGAUAGCACAGACCGUUGACAAGUAUCCUGACAGAGUCGCCGUUAAGUCUGUGCAUGAGGAUGUAACUCUCACAUACGAACAGCUGUUGAAACAGGCCGACGCCCUUGGAUGUGCUCUCCGAGCCCAAGGGCUGGAGAAAGGAGAUAGGAUGGGUAUCUGGACACAUAACAGUUUUACAUGGAUUGUGGCGCUCGUUGCAGCUGCCAGAGCUGGUCUUAUUUCGGUACUAAUGAAUCCAGUAUACGAGAAAAACGAACUGAGUUAUUGCUUAAAGAAAACAGAAGUAAAGAGUUUAUUGGUUGGAGACACAUUACCGAAUAGAAAUUAUAACGACAUAAUAUCACAGUUGGUACCAGAAGUAGUCGGUACCAAUGCAGGAUCGUGGAAAUCUAAGGAAUUCCCGAAUUUAACAUCUAUUAUCAGCACCGGAGAAAAUAAAUUUAAAGGAACCACUCCUUACAACUCACUAAUCUCUGGAGGAGGGAGUCAGAUCUCUCAGUACAGCAGUGAGGUCAAGUCGGCAGAUGGUUCAACCAUUCACUUCACUUCAGGUACCACUGGUGACCCAAAAGCUGCUUUGGAUUCUCACUUAGCAGUAGUCAAUAACACGUAUUAUAUUGGAAAGAGGAAUACUUACAACGAUGGACAUCAAAAAAUAUGCGUACAGGCACCUUUGUUUCACGCUUUGGGAUCCAUAGUGACAGUUACCAGCAGUCUCAGGCAUGGCAGUUCGUUAUUCCUCGGAUCACCAACAUACAAUGUUGAUGCGAACAUCAAAACUUUAUUUGCUGAGAGUUGUACUAUAGUAACCGGAACACCAACGAUGUACGUGGAUAUCUUGGCUAAAAUAAAGAAAAUGGGAGAUGUUCCAUCUAAACUGCGCGUGGCCCUUGCUGCGGGAGCUCCCUGCAGCCCACAAAUAAUAAAAGACAUUCAAACAUACCUGAAAGCGGAUGUGAAGGUAUUGUAUGGCUUAACAGAAACUACAGCUUCCUCAUUCCAGAGUAUACCAGGGGAUAGUAUAGAUUUAGUUGCAGAAACCGUUGGAUACAUACAAGACCAUACAGAAGCAAAGGUAGUCAAUGCGAAAGGCGAGGUAGUACCUUUUGGAAGUCCCGGCGAGUUGGUCUUGCGAGGAUACAACAAUAUGAUCUGUUACUGGAAUGACCCAGAGAAAACGAGGAAAACUAUGGCUGAAGAUGGAUGGUUGACAACUGGAGACGAGUUUACACUAAGCAACGAUGGUUACGGCAAAAUAGUGGGUAGACUCAAAGACAUUAUAGUUAGAGGAGGAGAAAACAUUGCUCCAAAAGAAAUAGAGGAUCUGUUAAACACCCACCCCGAUAUUAUUGAAAGUCAGGUGAUAGGAGUAUCUGACGAAAGAUUGGGAGAGGAACUAUGCGCUGUCUUACGGUUGCGGGAGCGCGCCUCACUUACUACAGACGAUGUUAAGCGACAUUGUUCAGGUCGCAUUGCUCGGUUUAAAAUACCAAGGAUUUUAAAAGUUAUUGAUGAGUUUCCAAAAACGACCUCGGGCAAGAUCCAAAAGCAUAAACUAAAGAAAAUUAUAGAGUCGGGAAUUUGA